CGAGCAUUGUCAUGUUGUUGACAAUCAUUCUUUGAGGUUGGAAUUUGACGUAUUUACUUGUUCGUUUUCAUGUUCUUUUAAUUUUCUGUUUCUUGGUCUUGCUUGAUGAUCUUUUUCCUGUUAACCUAGCAAAAUGAAGCCUUGAUUCAGUACCACCACCCACAGUCUCCUCCUGCCAAGCUUCUCACUUAGCUGGCAAAUUUGGUUCUUACAUUCUUCAAACUUCACUCUUUGUACAAAUCGAAAACAUGAGUCCCCUGAAGAAACUCAUUCUUCUGAUCCUGUUUAUCUCUUUUAUGGUGUUUGUGGCCUUUUUUGGCCGAAUACCUGCUCUGAGACGAACGCCUAUAGCUGCACUGCACAGGUUAAUAUGGAUUCAUAUACCCAAUCUGAUCGCAAGAGUAGAUCAGGUGCUCACUGGAGGGAGAGUAUCGAGCUAUCUGUCCCGGUUCAGUAACCUGAUGCUACAUGAGCGACACUGGACUGUUGUGAUUUUCUUCAUGCUCAUUAUGGUUGUGGGCGAGUAUAUGUUUAUUCCUCAAGCGUGGCCAAAGAUUGGAUCUUUCACGAAACUCAUUGUGGUGGUUACCGUGUUUCUGCCCUACCUAUUUCUCUACCUGGCAUGCUCUGCUGAUCCAGGCUACAUUACGCCUGAAAAUCACGCCUAUUACAUGUCGCUCUAUCCUUACGACCACACACUUUUCCAUCCGGGCCACAUGUGUCGUACGUGCAAGCUCCUUAAGCCUGCUCGUUCCAAGCACUGCAGUCUAUGCAAACGUUGUGUUGCCAAGGCUGAUCAUCAUUGCGUCUUUAUAAAUUCAUGUGUUGGUUACGGAAACCAGCACUGGUUCAUACUGCUACUAAUCUCUACUGCAUUUCUGUGCACAUAUGGUGUCUUUCUUGGAUUGUCCAUUAUUACGGUACGAGUUCAGAGAUACACUCCUGGCUGGUCUGUAUGGAAACCCCGAGGUAUGACAGUCAGUCAGUAUUUGGCUGGUUGGGGUUGGGGCAUUCAAGACAACGUCAACAUGGGGGCCUCAUCACUUCUUGCAGCCCUGACGUCUCCAUUGGUUUGGGGGCUGCUGCUAUACACACUCUAUCUCGUUUAUUGUGGCACUACGACAAAUGAGACCCUCAAAUGGUCGGAUUGGAAAGAAGAUAUGCGUGAUGGAUUUGCAUUUCGCCGCUCUAUGCCAGCAAAUCGCCAGAAGAACGAACGGGUUGAGCCUCGCUUCACGCGCUGGCCAGUCGAGGUUCAGCAGGUCAUUGUCACUACUCAGGAUGGACAGUCCCCAAAGGAUGAAGUUCGAUAUCCUGGAGAAGGCGAGUGGGAGAGGGUUUGGAACUUGAGCGAUGUCGAGAACUUAUACGAUAUGGGAUUGUGGGAUAAUCUGGUCGAUAUAUUUGUCCGCAAUGACGGUUAUCCCGUGAUGGCUUUGAUGCAGCCUCCUCAGGUUCGACGCCUGCAGAUGCUUGGCACUCUUUCUCUGCUCGCGAUUGUUAUCGGCGGCUCAGUCCUUAUUUUUGUUGGAGCAAAUGCGCUCUCCGGUCGCAAAGAAAAAGAUGAACUCGGUAGGGCAAGGCCACCAGGUCAGGCACGUUUCAGUGUCGGUCAUGAAUGGAGCAUCCAGACCUGGAUAGCUAUUGUUGGUGUUGCAUUUGCUCUGUUAUCUUAUGGCUUUACAGAAGCAUAUGUUCAUCUAUUCGAUACAUGGGCUAGUCGACAAGCUCAACACAGCAAUGGCCUCGACUAUGCUCGGUAUCUCAACUCUCAACCGCGAGCACCAGUCGUCUAUGGCCUCAGAGGAUUUCCCUCGUUUAUCACUUUGCGCUACUUUCUCCUGAUUAUGAGCAUCAUUGCGUCUGUGGGCUACAAGUUCGCUAUUGUGAGCCCGGACGCCUGGAUCAAGGAGAACUUUCACCCAAGAUUAAUCGAGUUCAUCAAGAGUGAGCUUUCGGCAGUGAAGAACGGCUCUAUUGUCUCGGAACCUGAGCCAUGGAUCAACGACUUCCCGCUUUACGAUAUCAACAGGGCGUUUAUCCACUUCAAUCAGGUCGCUCAAGAGCCUCCUUAUGCUGCGAAUAUGUCCCUGCCACCGAAUGGCUUAGCUAUGGUUGGCCAUGCUAAUUGCUUUUCAACCAGCAGAGCUGAUCAAUUCUACCCUGGUGACGUUGGAACGCUUCAUACUCGAGAAGUAGUCUUAGUGGCCAAUGGCUCAGUGGGCAAAGGUGACUUUUAUAUGACCGAAGACCCAGGCGACUGGCAUCGAAUGGAGACAACCAGCACCAACUGGUUUGAUCCGCCUCGAAGAGCCCUGGUUGAGUAUCGACUCGCUGAGUUUGGGAGUCUUCAAAUCCAAUGGGCGAAGAAACCAAACAAAUCUUCGGAAUCGUGGAGGAUACCAGUAGAGCAUCGAUCCUUAUACAAGAUGGAGCUCGCAACCGCCGAAGUCAGGAGAUACGUCAGAGACCAGAACUGCAGAUUUCUGCCACAGGCGGCUCUUUCGUUCCUUUCUUUCAGCAAUGACACUUUCGAAAAAUCCAUCGCUGCUGUGAUGCCAUCCUGGGGCAACAUAACAGCCACAGAGCGCUUCAACAUCUCGGACCUGAUGCCACAAUACGGCGUCUGGCUGGAUGCUUUGGUAAAGAGCCCAGAUACCACGCUUCUCAGCGGUGUCAGUGCAAUUAUCAGAGCAGUCAUGGUAUCUAUCAAGACAACAAAGCUGCUAGACUCGGAGAACCUGAAGGCGGAUUUCUUGCCUUUUGGCGAAGAAAGAGUUUUGGCUCCUGCAGAAUCAUUUCGUGAUGCUAAGUAUCCUUUCUACGUUGGAUGGAGGGAAAACAAGAACACUGGGAGUCAUAUCGGUGCUGCCAUCGUGUUUAUUAUCCUCGGUUGCUUUUCCAUUAUGGUUGGAAUAUACCGUAUAUGGCUUGGUCCGCCAGCAUUGACUUCCUGGAUGGGGCAACAUGUCUUUCUGGCUGGGACCGAGAAAAUGGCUCUGUCUAAUAAAGUGACUGACUUGGCGUCUGGAUAUACAGUGGCGGAGUCUGAUCUGGGCAAACUGCGGCUUUCAACGCGAAAGGGAGGGGAAGAAGAUGCCAUGUUGAAACCCAGUGUAUCAUCUGAUGGACAGCAGAGUGACUCGGAGGAAACAAAGAAUAAAGGACGAACGGGACAAUGA